GAAGGCGGGGUUUCUUUGGGCCUCCAGGGAAGAGCGUGACUUUGGGGGAGUAUGGGAUCUCAGCCAAUGGGUAUUGCGAGAAGUCAGGUUAUCAUCUCCAGUCAUCCUUUGGCUCCCGAUUCUCAAGUUCAACCAACUUCUUCCCCGGACUCUGUUCUGUUUCCAAUUCUUUUUUGGUAUUCGUAGACCCUCACCCCACCUCCAAGUUUUUCCCCUCUUCGUCACAGAGAUGCCGUCGGGGUUUCAGCAGAUCUGGUCCGAGGAGGGAGAUCCUCCGAGACAGCGGGUCACAGGAACCCUGAUUCUUGCUGUAUUCUCUGCUGUGCUUGGCUCCCUCCAGUUUGGCUACAAUAUUGGGGUUAUCAAUGCUCCACAGAAGGUGAUUGAACAGAGUUACAAUGAAACAUGGCUGUCUCGUCAAGGUCCGGAGGCCCCCGGAUCCAUCCCUCCAGGCACUCUCACCACCCUCUGGUCUCUCUCAGUUGCCAUCUUCUCUGUGGGUGGCAUGAUCUCUUCCUUCCUUCUUGGCAUCAUCUCCCAGUGGUUGGGCAGGAAGCGUGCUAUGAUAGUCAAUAACAGUGUGGCUCUUCUGGGAGGAGCACUCAUGGGCUUGGCCAAGGCAGCUGCUUCUUAUGAGAUGCUCAUCCUUGGACGAUUUCUCAUUGGCGCCUAUUCAGGGUUGACAUCAGGACUGGUCCCUAUGUAUGUGGGGGAGAUUGCUCCCACUCACCUUCGGGGUGCUUUAGGAACCCUCAAUCAGCUAGCCAUAGUCAUUGGCAUCCUGGUUGCCCAGGUACUAGGUUUGGAUUCCAUGCUGGGAACAGAGAAGCUAUGGCCACUGCUGAUGAGCGUGACUGUACUUCCUGCCCUCCUUCAACUUAUAUUAUUGCCCUUCUGCCCAGAGAGCCCCCGAUAUCUUUAUAUCAUUCGUAACCUUGAAGGACCUGCCAGGAAAAGUCUGAAGCAAUUGACUGGGUGGGCAGAUGUAUCUGGAGCACUAGCAGAGCUGAAGGAGGAGAAACGCCAGCUGGAACGGGAGCAGCCCCUUUCCCUGCUCCAGCUUCUCCACAGCCGAACCCAUCGACAGCCUUUGGUUAUUGCCAUUGUGCUGCAACUCAGCCAGCAGCUGUCAGGAAUCAACGCUGUUUUCUACUAUUCAACUAGCAUUUUCGAAUCAGCCGGAGUAGGACAGCCAGCAUAUGCUACCAUUGGAGCAGGCGUGGUGAACACAGCUUUCACUUUGGUCUCGGUAUUUCUAGUGGAACGGGCUGGACGUCGGACAUUACAUCUCUUGGGCCUGGCUGGAAUGUGUGGAUGUGCUAUUUUGAUGACUGUGGCGCUUCUCUUGCUGGAACGGGUUCCUGCCAUGAGCUAUGCCAGUAUGAUAGCCAUCUUUGGCUUUGUGGCUUUCUUUGAGAUUGGUCCAGGUCCUAUCCCAUGGUUCAUUGUGGCUGAACUCUUUAGUCAGGGACCCCGACCAGCUGCCAUGGCUUUGGCUGGCUUCUCCAAUUGGACAUGCAAUUUCAUUGUGGGUAUGAGCUUCCAAUACAUUGCGGAUGCCAGUGGCCCUUAUGUCUUCCUCCUCUUUGCUGUCCUCCUGCUUGGCUUCUUUUUAUUCACCUACUUGAAGGUGCCAGAAACACGGGGCCGAACAUUUGACCAGAUAUCUGCAGCCUUCCGACGGACCCCAUCAUUGCUGGAACAGGAAGUGAAGCCCAGCACAGAACUUGAAUACCUGGGACCAGAUGAGAAUGACUGAGAGGAAAGGUGGAAGUACACCUUUCCCCCUUCUCCUUUAAUUGAACUCUCCUUUUCUCUGCAGCACUUUAAGUUCCCCUUUCUAAUCCCCACAAGGACAGGAAGGAAUAUCUUAGGUCUGGUGGUACUGGGGGCUAAUAUAUGUGGCUUGAAUUCCUCCACCACCACCACCACCCCCAAACCCAUUCCCUUUAGUGUGAAUCUCUUGGAUUAUUUAUAUGGGCGGGGCUUGGGGUAUAAAUAUAGGCAGGGCUGUGUCCCCAACCUCCUUACCCCCAAGGGUUCCCUGAUUCCUCUCUCCCCUUAUUUCUAACCUGAGAUUUCUAUUCCCUUCUGCUACAAAGAAGGGAGUACCAGAAAUCCCCUAGAAUUUUUCCAAGUGAGAAAUAAGUAGCCUGUCUUUCUAAAGAGGAAAAAGCCUAGGGCCUAGCUCCCUAAGUUAGCAUCCCCUCUUGAUUUCCUAUGAGCUUACCCCUCACAUCCAACCCAACAAAGCUAAAGAAAUGGGUGGUAGGCCCAUUGGAUGGGGAAAUACAUAAGCAUGUUGAGAAAGCUCUAGGGAAGGUACUUUUACUUUUUCCACUCUUUCUUUUGGAAAGACUGUGCACUACCUGUUAAGGGAAGCUCUAAGGAUGAUACCUCCCCCUUCAUAUCAUUCUCUCCCUUGGGAAGACUGUACAUGACUGGGAGGACUCUAGGAAAGAAUUUCCCUUCCCUUACUCCUGACCUUUGGUUAAAUUGCGCACAUAAUAGGGGAUUGCUCUAGUAUACCUCCUUUCGUUAUCUUUUGGGGAGACUGAACAUGGUAGUCAACAUUCUAGGGAAGAUACCUCCCUUCAUUCUGGCUUUUGGGUAUGCCAUAAGUCUUUCUUUUAUGGAUUCCCACUUAAAGAGCCUUAAGGUGGGGCAUUGUCUCCCACCAAACUCAUUCUCACCCUGAAAUGAAUUUUGUACAGGUAGCCCUUUGAGCUCCUGAUAAAAAACAAAACAAAACAAAAAAAACCAGCAUGGAGGCUUCUGUUGGUGUAAUAAGGCUGAUUGGAGCCUUAGAACAUUUUUAUAUGUUUGUGUAGAAAGAAAAAAAAAGAUUAUACUUAUUAUA